AUGGCAUCUUUAGUCCGUUUAACACUAGCGAAACCAUCGGCUCUCUGUCGGCUUGGUCAGCUAAUCGCAAAUCGGCAAUUGCCAGCAUUAGCUUCAGCUACCAUCUCAUCGCAUCGUACUAUCUCUACCUCGACUGUUCGUCAUGACAUUGACUCGGCUGCAAAAUAUAUCGGGGCCGGUGCAGCAACUGUCGGUGUAGCUGGUGCUGGUGCAGGUAUUGGAACAGUAUUCGGUUCAUUAGUCGUUGCUUAUGCACGCAAUCCAAGCUUGAAACAACAAUUGUUUUCAUACGCUAUUCUUGGUUUUGCUUUGUCCGAAGCUAUGGGGCUCUUUUGCCUGAUGAUGGCUUUCAUGCUCCUGUUUGCGUUCUGA